GUCCGCCUCUCACCCACAUCCAUUCUCUCCCAAUAUGACCAUAAUCAUAAAUGAUCCCACUUGGUGGCCGGCCAUCCAUGCAUAUCGUUUUUCCAGCUAUUUUUCAGUUGCGGCAUCUGUUGUACUGACGUACGAUUGGGCACUUACAUUCGGACAAGAGGUCGAAUUGGUCUGGAAGCAACGCUGGUCCCUAAUGACAUUUCUGUAUCUCAGCGCAUGUGCGCUACCUUGGAAUCUUAUAUGCUACCCUGGGCGUCCUGAUUUAUGUUCCCACCAUCUCGCUGACAGAUACAGAGUGGGUGUGGUUCUUUCCCAACUUCUUGGUUCUCUAAUGACGGCCACACCAUAUUUCCACAGAUGCUUGAUUAUGUACGAGCUGUGGUAUUGGAUGACUGUCCUGGUAUUUGCAAUGCUGUGGGUCAUCAGCGUCACUCGGUUGUAUGCUAUGUAUCAAGGAUCCAGAAAGAUCCUGAUACUUCUCAUUGUCACCCUCCUGGUUGUCAACAUUUUCGAUGUAGUGGCAGGUGUACUGGAAAACCUACAAACUUCAGGGGAGGAAUUCAUUCUCUCCGGCACUUAUCAGUGCUCGAUCAACUAUGGGGAAGAUGUCUUACUUCUGAAUUCCAUUUCUUGGAUAGUCUCCAUUUCGUGGGAGGUCCUCGUACUGUCUCUCGCAGUUUGGAUUGCGGUAAAACACUUCCGUGAACUGCGACGACAUUCGGCAGGAGGGAUUAUCGGGGACUGUUUCACGGUAUUGAUGAAAACUCACGUGGUUUACUUUGCGAGCUGUGUUGCUGUUUCUUGCACUUGCAUCAUCCUUGAUUUCUCUCCAAUAUCCUCAAUGACUUUUAGUGGCUUCCUUCAGAUUUUGAUUGUUGUACAGAUGUUUGUGCUGGGACCACGACUGAUCCUUGGCCUUCGAGAAUUUAACGCUAAACUCGUGGCUGACUCCGACGCAGCAACCGGCAUGAUCUCAAUCGUUUUCCAAGAGCGUGUGUAUAUAUCGACUAGCAGUAGUGUGUAA